AUGGUGCGAAUUGCACAAAAUGCCAUGAGUGCUUCUGGAGCCGAUUGCCAGCAGGAGAUUCAUGGGGAGGGCCGCAGCCGGGCAGCCAAGAGCAUGCAUCCUGUGGAAACAGCACAGCCUUUCUCUGUGGGCUCCGCUGGUCAUCCCUACACAUGCUCAGCAGCUUGCAAGUAUGUUUGGAGAAAGCAAGGAUGCCGCGAUGGUGCAGACUGCCCCAACUGCCACUAUUGCAAGUGGCAGCGGCGUCCAAAGGAGGAAUCCGAGAGCCCCACACUGGAGGGUUUGGACUCCAUGCUGGUGAAUAUUCCUCCACCUCCAGGCCUUACUCCAAUGCAGCCGAUGGAAGCGAAGACCCUCGGCUUAUCGGAUAGCUCAGGUGACUUCCGUGCCUUUUGA